UUUUUGUGUGCUAAAAACAAAUUUCUCAUAAAUAUAUAAUAAUUUUAAAUUAAAACGCUCGGGCUUUUGAAUUAUUUAAUACGAAGGGCAUUGUUUGAAAUUAAUUGAUUAAAACACGUUUUCUAACUGUUUUGAGAAUUUCCGAGCAGGACUUGAACGCAUCGCAAGGCUCCGCCCCAACGCCGUGUCAACAGCCGCUGCUCCUCCGCCGCGCCGACCAGGUGUGCGGUGAACGGUCCAGCAGAGAUCCUCCUCGCCGUCCCGGAGCCUCGUCACUGGCGUUUCUGCCUGAGAUGGCCUCCCGGAUAAGCUUUGUGUCGGGCACCAGCUGUCCCCCGGACGUUUUAGAAUGCUGCGUUCACGGUCCCUCUCAUCUCUAGGAGGAUAACGCGGUUUUUUCGCCGCCGAGACGAUGAAGACAUCCCCACGGCGAUGAGAAUUUGAGCUGCUUUUAUUUUUAUAGGUCGAGUCGGAGAAGCUAGCGUUUAGGCUAGCUUACACCCGGCGGCGGCGACUCUGUUAUCGGAUUAUCCUCACCAUGGCUGGACUCAUCAAGAAGCAGAUCCUGAAGCAUCUCUCCAGGUUUGCGAAGAACCUGUCUCCAGACAAGAUCAACCUGAGCACGCUGAAGGGAGAGGGCCAGCUCACCAACCUGGAGCUGGACGAGGAGGUCCUCCAGAGUCUGCUGGACAUUCCCACCUGGCUGGCUAUUAACCGGGUUUUCUGCAACAAGGCUGCCAUCAGGAUACAAUGGACAAAACUGAAGACUCACCCCAUCACUCUGACUUUGGAUAAAGUGGUCAUGGAGAUGAGUACCUGUGAUGAGCCCAGGCCGCCCAACGGGCCGUCUCCCAUAGCAACAGCAUCAGGACAAAGUGAAUAUGGCUUUGCUGAGAAGGUGGUUGAAGGUUUGUCCUUAGCGAUCAACUCCAUCGUCAUCAGGAUCAGUGCCAAGGCCUUCAACGCCUCCUUCGAGCUCUCCCAGCUGCAGGUCUACAGCGUCAACACCAGCUGGAACCCCAGCGACCUGCGCUUCACUCGCAUCCAGGACCCUCAGCGGGGAGAGAUCCUGACUUUUAAAGAGAUCAGCUGGCAGAUGAUUCGCAUCGAGGCGGACGCUAUCCAGAGUGCUGAACACGAGAUGCUGAGCGCCCCCAUCCGCCUCAUCACCAAUCAGUCUAAGAUCAGAGUUACUCUGAAAAGACGGAUCAAGGAUUGCAAUGUUGUGGCUUCCAAGUUAAUCCUCAUCCUGGACGACCUGCUGUGGGUGCUGACAGACUCGCAGCUGAAGGCUAUGGUGCAGUAUGCAAAGUCUCUUAGUGAGGCCAUGGAGAAGUCUGCACAACAAAGGAAAAGCAUGGCCACAGAGGAUCAGGUGUCUUCGCUGCCCCCUUCAGCCCAGCAGGUUCGCACUCAACAGACGCCCCAGGCUGCCGAUCAGAGCGCAACCAUGGCCAAGCUGUUCAGCGCCUACGAUGUGUGUGAGACCUCGCACCACCUCCAGAUCACACACCUGGACCUGCACAUCUGUGAUGACAUCCACACUACAGACAAAGUUAACAAUAAAAGGAUAACCGGUGGGGCGAUGCAGCUGUCCUUCAACUCCAUCACUCUGGAUUACUACCCUUUCCACAGAGCAGGUGACAGUUGUGUCCACUGGAUGCACUACAGCGAAGCCACAAAAACCCGUGAAGUUUGGGCAAAGAGCCUUCUGGAUGAGUUCAAAUCCACCAUGGAGAUGUUGAAGAGUGCCGCCCGCGACCAACAAGCUCCGGGCUCUGGACGCAGCUCCCCGCAACAUGUGUCACUUAAGGAGGAUGUAAAUGAGCCACUAGCAAGUCAGGAAAGAGAAGGAGGAGGAGUAGGGCUUAGGGAGGCAGAUGGAGGACUCCUAGGGAGGAGCCCACACACACAGCCUCCAGUCCAGUGUUGCUGGUGCCUGGAGCCAGGAAAGAUAAACACUUCAUCCUCCAGCACCUCCUUUAGUCCUCCUCCCCCUCAAACUCCCAAAUCUCAUCUCAUGUCCAGCUCACUUGUUUUAAGGAUGGCCGACUUCAGCAUCUACCAGGUUUCAACCGCAGACCAGCGGCGCUCGAGCCCCAAGGCCAUGAUCUCCUGUAAUAAGAAGUCCCUGUACCUUCCUCCAGAGAUGCCCGCCAUCCACGUCGAAUUCACCGAGUAUUAUUUUCCUGAUGGAAAAGACUAUCCUAUCCCGUGUCCAAACCUGUACGCCCAGCUCAACGCUCUGCAGCUGGUCCUGGAUCCCCGCAGCCUGGUGUGGAUCAACCUCUUUGCUCUGGACCUCAGGCAGAGUCUGGAGCAGUUCAUGGAGAUCUACAAGCUCAACGACUCGCAGAAACCCGACGAGCACGUGGACAUUAAGGUCGACGGCCUCAUGCUCAAGCUGGUGGUUCCCGCGGACGGGGACGCCUCCUGUCCCGCCGACCUGCCGCGCGCCAUCUCCAUCCAGUCUUCAGAAAUGGUGGCCACCAACACCAGGCACCCGACUUACUGCACCCGCCCCCACCUGGAGGCCCUGCUGCAGGCCUUCGAAGAGGAGCUCUUCUUCUCCACGGCUUCAAACUCUUUCCCUCGUUCCUCGUCCUCCAUCCCCAUCCUCCACCCGGUCUUCCAGAGGCACGCUAAAGAAGAAGACACAAAGCGGCGGGAGAUCUACCGUGGGCUGGUGGCGCCCACGAUGUGCACGGACGCUCUCAAGACGCCCGCCGCCACCGACGUGUGGGCGGUGCACUUCUCCCAGUUCUGGGUGGACUACGAAGGCACCCGAGGGGGCAAAGGGCGGCCUCAGCCCUUCGUGGACUCCUUCCCGCUCACCGUGUGGGCGUGUCAGCCAGCGAAGCUGGUCCAGCACGAGGAGAAGCUGAGGAGCUCGGCGGGAUCGGCGCUGUCCAGAAGCACGUCUUCAGAGGCGGUGGCACGCCUGCAGAGGAAACGGCUGCUAAAGGAGUACUACAGCACCGACGGCGCGCCGGCGUCUUCUCAAAGCAAUAAUGCCGCACUGCCGCACAGUAAUGGACUCCACAAACCGCCGUCACUGGACAGUCUGCGCUCCUCAGCCUCGUCUGUGUCAUCGGCUAGUAAAAAUGCAGAUGUGCACGUGUUGAUCCAUGUGCAGAAGCACUUAAGUGCUCAGGUGAGCCACCGGCAGUAUGUUUUCCUGAUGCAUCUUCAGCGCAGCCUCAAGGCUCUGCAGCAGACGCUACAGCAAGACCUGGAGGAGAUGGGCUCCAAAAGAGAACGCAAGGACACCUCCCAGCGGAACGCAGACCACCAGCCCUUCACCUUCUGCUUGGGCCUCCUGCUCAAAGGCGCAGAGGUGUCCCUCUUCCUGAAGCCGCUUCCCCAAUCCGAGGGAUCCCCCGUGGGGUCGGAGCUUUCUCCCUCAGAGAGCAGAGCCAACCUGGAGGCUGGAGAUUCUGGAGAAGGGGCAGAAAAAGGAUCAGAAGAAGGAGCGAAUAAGCAGUCCGUCGACCAGCUAUUGUGCGGUGACGGUCCAGAGGACGAAGCUAAACCGGGUCUUGCUCCUUUAGUCCCUUCCUCCGCCUCUGACUUUAAUCGUAAAGCCUCAAUACAGGAGAAUGCUGGAGGGGAUAGUUCAACUGAAGGGGGGGAGACUUUGGCUGCAGGUGAUGAAGUGGUUGGUGGGGCAGAACCUAAAACCCACCCGAGCGACCUUUUUUCUGACCCCCUUGGCAGCAAAGAUCCGUGCGACAAAGACAAGAGCGCAGCUGGAAAGAUGCCUCAGUCCAUGUCAAGGAAAGGAAGUUUGUCUGUGGUUUCUGAUCUUCUCAGCUCCACAAACUCCAGCAGAUCCUCCUCCCUUUAUUCCAUGUCCAACAUUGGACGGUUGAUGCGUGACCGCUCCCAGUCCAGCUUCUCAGUGUCUUAUAAAAACAUGAAGAAGAGUCCGUCGCUGCAGUCGCUGGACAACAUUUCCAUCGACAGCUAUCUGAUGGAGGACGGAGACACGUACAGCUUGCUAGAGCGAGAUGAUGUUUCCAUCUCCGGCUUUAAGGAGGCCGUCGGAGAGCAAAACGCCACAGAGAGCGCCGCCGAGGCUGUGGCCGGGAAGGAGCAGGAGGGAGGCGUGUCACCUGACAGCACCAGCGCAGCCUCCCAGAGCAUUGAUGAACCCACCAAAGAUACAGUGUCUGUGCUGGUGCUGAAGGUGCAGCCGGUGUGUGUCAGCAUGGAGGUGGAGGGCGAGAGCUCAGCCGUGGCUCUGGAGGUGGGCCGGGUCAUUCCCAGCCAGCUGGGCAACAUCAGCCUCAGACAAUACCUCAGCAACCGCAGCCUUGGUAUGGUGAGUUCACUGCCAAUACCUGAUCAAAGCAGCCCAGCUGGAGGUGAGAGCCACUCUGCUUCUGCACACGGCCCCAAUCGUCCGGAGGUCCAGGCACGCCUGGAGAGCGGGCCGUGCGCCGCCGCCCACUCCCCCCUGGCUGAGCGCAACGGGUUCCUACAGCUCCGCCUCCAGGGGUACCACGCUAGCUUCCUGAUGUCCACGCUACGCAACCUCUCCCUUUUCAUGGAGGACGACUCCACCUCUCAGGUGCUGCCCAUGGAGAUCUGUGUCAGGGACACACACAUCGAUUUAAAGGACGACGGUCCCCGUGACGACAGCGAGGCCACGCCGAUCACUCUACACGUGGACAGCCUCGUCGUGCACAGAAGAGACGAUGGCUCCUUCUUCUUAGGAGUUGACAAACAACCAGAGCCCAACCCCAAAAACGCUGCUUCAUCCGUCGUAGAUGCUCUCAGUCCAAUUUCCGAGUCAGUUAAGAGCGUCUGCAAGAUGUCAACGGCAACACAGACUCAGGCCCCGCCCACCAGCCCCUCGCCAUCUUCCAGAGAGAAGAUGCUGAUGGAAGAGAACGAAUGUCUGAAGAUUGAACUGUCCCGCGCUAAGAUGGCUCUGGCCGAGGCUCAGAUGGAGAAGGACUCGCUCCUCCACCGCAUGAAGAACCUCAAAGUGAACACCAGCUAGACGAGAGUCUGCAGCGAUGAGCAACGAUGCUCCAGGAUGGAUCAUCAAGUGAAGAAAAAGAGGCGCCUGAGUCAGCAAAAAAAAAAAAAUUCCAUCAAAGGCAAUUCAGUCUGUGUGAAGAUUUAGAAAAUACACAUUUUUACACGCUAGCUGUCUUAAAUAUCUCCUUCAUUUAUGACUUAAAAUCAGCAGAAAUGCAUUUCUGGAAACAUGAAUUUAUAGCCUUAGCCGUGCCUACAGAAGAAGCCCCUCCCUCUUGUUAGACUUAUGGAAUGAGUGAACACUGAAUGAAUGUGGAAGCUUCUAAAGAAUGUCUCUAAAGGAGGAAAUAUUUUGCACUGCAUUAAAUUUUUUUCAUUUUAGUGUUUAUUAUAUUCAGAGAGUGACGUGGCUCCUCAUCGCCCUCUGAGUAUGUACAGUGUAUAGUCAACAAGAAUGUGAAGACGGCUCUUUUCUACACAACCCAACGUCAUGAAGUCUUUCUGUCCAGCGUGUUUUUUUUUUGUUUGUUUUUUUUCUGACAAAAAAGACAAAACAACAACAAGCAUUUAAUUUAAUUUGAGAGAUUCCUGUCAGUUUUACAGCUUUGUCCCGCAAAAUGCGUCUCGGCGCCCUCUUGUUCUAUUUUUGUACGUGUAAAUAGUUAUUCACGCGCACUUUUAAAACAGAGGCACUGUAAAUACGACAACGAUGACUGUGAACAGAACAAGAGGGGAACGCAUUGAAAAUAACAAAAAGCGUGAUUAUCUUUUAACAAAAAAAAGGGAGAUUAGCACAAUGGUGCUACAUGCCUGUUUUUAUGUUAAAUCUGAAUUUCUCAAGAAAAAAUGUUUAAGGACAUUUAUGUGCGAAGGCUAGAACAUUUUUCCCACGCAAUAAAACUUAUCAUGAGUCAAAACUUUUCAAACUUGUUCCGUUUCAUUUCAAAUGAGGACUUCUAAAGAAAUCAUAGAAACAAACAUUCUUUUCAGGUUCUUUGAUUUUUUUCGGCAAGUUUGAAUUUUCUGCUCUGAGAAAUGAAUUUCAAUGCCACUGCAAGAUGGAAAAAAUGACACCGUGAGUUGUGUUUUGUCUGUCAAAGCUGCUGAAAUACUGAUGGAAAUAAAGACGGAUCUAUUUCAGUUA